AAAACCACUCGUAGCUUGGGACGCUUCCGCGGAGGGUCUGCUCCUCCCAGAGGGCGGUGCAGAUGCCCGGGCGAGCCUCGCUGAGGGUUGUGGGGCGGGUAGCUCGGAUCCUGAUGAAGACACAAGGAGUCGGGUGGGCGGGGGACUCCAGAUCCCAGCAUGCCCCGCGGCGGGCCCUACCGGCCGCGACUCCGGGCUUGGCCCCGGCCCUAGCUCGUCGGCGGUGUACUGGGGUGCGUGGAGACUGUAGUCACGGUGGCGCCCGCGGGGACGGAGGAGGGAAUGAGUGAAGAGGAUCAGGGCUCCGGCUCUACUACAGGCUGCGGGCUGCCCAGCAUAGAGCAAAUGCUGGCCGCCAACCCGGGCAAGACCCCGAUCAGCCUUCUUCAGGAGUAUGGGACCAGAAUAGGGAAGACGCCCGUGUACGACCUUCUCAAAGCCGAGGGCCAAGCCCAUCAACCUAAUUUCACCUUCCGGGUCACCGUUGGCGACACCAGCUGCACUGGUCAGGGCCCCAGCAAGAAGGCAGCCAAGCACAAGGCAGCUGAGGUGGCCCUCAAACACCUCAAAGGGGGGAGCAUGCUGGAACCAGCCCCGGAGGACAGCAGUUCUUUUUCUCUCCUAGACUCUUCAGUGCCUGAGGACACUGCUGUCAUUGCUGCAGAAGCUGCUGCCCCUGUUCCAUCUGCUUUACUAACCAGGAGCCCUCCCAUGGAGAUGCAGCCCCCUGUCUCUCCUCAGCAGUCUGAGUGCAACCCUGUUGGUGCUCUGCAGGAGCUGGUGGUGCAGAAAGGCUGGCGUUUGCCAGAGUACAUGGUGACCCAGGAGUCUGGGCCUGCUCACCGCAAAGAGUUCACCAUGACCUGCCGGGUGGAGCGUUUCAUUGAGAUUGGUAACUGGGGAAAAGGGGGUUCACUCACCUUCUCUCUGCCACACUAUAGCCCCACACAAGGUGGCUCUUUGCCUGGCUGUGCUCUGUCCCAACUUUCUUUGCUUUGCAGCUCCUUGCUCAGCUCUUGCCUCCCUGUCUCUUCCUUGUCCCUGCCCAUCUUUCCCCUCUUUUCUGGCUCAUCAACUCCUCAGUGAAAACGAACAGGCCUUGAGCUCCUCUUUGCAGUGGUAUCCCAUAAGAGGACCUUCUAUCCAAGUUAACUUAGAGGGAAAGCAUUGGUCUGUUAGGAAUCCCCAAAUCGAACAAUUCCUUCCCUAUCCUCAGGCAGUGGCACUUCCAAGAAGCUGGCAAAGCGCAAUGCGGCAGCUAAGAUGCUGCUUCGAGUGCACACGGUACCUCUGGACGCCCGAGAUGGCAACGAGGCCGAACCUGAUGACGAUCAUUUUUCCAUUGGCGUGAGCUCCCGCCUGGAUGGACUAAGGAACCGUGGGCCAGGCUGCACCUGGGAUUCCUUACGGAAUUCUGUGGGAGAAAAGAUCCUGUCCCUUCGCAGUUGCUCCGUGGGCUCUCUGGGGUCUUUGGGCUCUGCCUGCUGCAGCGUCCUCAGUGAGCUCUCUGCGGAGCAGGCUUUCCAUGUCAGCUAUCUGGAUAUUGAGGAACUGAGCCUGAGUGGGCUCUGCCAGUGCCUAGUGGAGCUGUCCACGCAGCCGGCCACUGUGUGUUAUGGUUCUGCCACUACCAGGGAGGCAGCCCGAGGUGAUGCUGCUCGCCGCGCACUACAGUACCUCAGGAUCAUGGCCGGUAGCAAAUAGCACCCACUACAGUGAUGGAUAUCUGUUACUUCUUGCUCCUUCUGCCCUGGGUCUAUGCGACUGCCUAGCUCUGGUGCCCUCCAGAGGUGCCAUCUCUACCUCUGACACAGCUCGCCUGCCUUGAGACUGAGGAAGGCACAGGCAAGCAAGGAGCCAUGAACCACAGGGCCCCAGCCAGCGCAGGGUUUGCCCUCAUUCCAUGGAUGAUGAAUGAAAGGAAAUUGGAAUUCUAUUGGAAUCCAGAAUAAAUGCUGCUCUUUGGCUUCUUAAA